UAUAAACAUAACAAUCUGGUAACUUAAUAGAAUAAUUCACAUACUUUUUUUAAUCAAAACGAAGACGGUGUAAAAAAAGUAGAAAAUUUAUAUAUAUUUAAUUAUUUUAAUAAAAUUAUGGAAGAACAACGCAGCGAUAAAAUAUAUGGAGGAUGUGAAGGUCCUGAUGCCAUGUAUGUAAAGCUUAUAUCUUCAGAUGGACACGAAUUUAUAGUGAAAAGAGAACAUGCUUUAACCUCUGGCACCAUUAAGGCUAUGUUGUCGGGACCAGGACAGUUUGCAGAAAACGAAGCCAAUGAAGUACAUUUUCGCGAGAUACCCUCUCAUAUUUUGCAAAAGGUUUGCAUUUACUUUACCUACAAAGUGCGCUAUACAAAUAGCUCAACAGAAAUUCCAGAAUUCCCGAUUGCCCCUGAAAUAGCUUUGGAACUUUUGAUGGCUGCAAACUUUUUAGAUUGUUAAAAAAUAUUCAUUAUGUUGUUCUUUUAUUUUUCUUUUUCUUAUAUAAAAUCGAUCUGAUAAAAAAUAAAUAUUUUUUUAUUUCGAUGAAAAAGACAAAAUUGUAAAUCGGACUUCGACAGACGACACAGUAAAUGCAAUAGCACUCAAGUAACAAUAAAAACAAAUGACUUAAA